UUUAUAAACCCCACCAUCAAACGUACUCUGCAACAACACAUUGUUGUAAGCCUGGCAAUUCCCAAGAAAGAAACAAAAAUGGCGGUAACAAAGCAAGUGCCGGAGGUUGAAGAAGAGAAACUGCUGAGAAAGAGGAACGAGGAGCUGGAGAGAGAGCUGAGAAAGAGCCAGGAGAGAGAGGAGCGCAUGAAGGCUGAGCUGCAGAAGGCCCGCGAGAGGCUCAGAGUCGCAGAGGAGGCAGAGGAGCGGCUCUGCUCACAGCUCGGUGAGCUCGAAGCGGAGGCCGUCGAUCAGGCUCGUACAGAUCACGCUCGGAUUCUGGCCCUCAUGAACCAGCUCUCUCAGGCCCAACGCCUUCUCCAGGCUUCAUCCGUUACGCAGCCUUUGGGACUCGCUUCCAAAUGACAACGUACAAGAAGCUCAGUUACUAACCGUUUCGUCGUCUUUGAUUUUUUUUCUUCCUUUUUUUAUUGGUUGAACAAAAAAAAAUUGGAAUUUGGUUGUUAUUAUUGUUGUUGUUGUUGUAGUACUUUUGGGUUGGGAUUGGUCCAUUGUAGUUGUUGGUUGUAAUUGUGUGCUGUGUAUAAAGUAGUUUGAUGAUGUGAAUCAUUUGAUUUUGAUCCAUCUUCUCUUUCAAGAAAAUAAAACAAAUAUAAAUAUAAAGUUUGUUACUUUGAUCUGAUUAA